GGCAGCUUUGUGCAUAUCUGUGCCUCACCGCGGAAAACCUGCCUUGGCAAGAACCCCGGGACGUUACCCUAUGCUAGAACAUCUAAUGUAUCCCUCAUCAGAGUUUUGCUAUGCAUCAAGCUAGAUGGUAAAUAAGGGGAGCAGGAUGAAAAGAUGGCGCAGCCAAGCCUUGUACCAACUGGACUUGACAACUUCCAAUAUUUUACCAGGGAAUCUCUUAAAGCCAUUGAGAAACGUAUUGCAGAUGAAAAGAAUGGAAAGCGUGAGACCGAAGAACGGAUUCCAAAACCAAAUAGGGACUUGGAAGCUGGUAAAAAACUGCCAUUUAUCUAUGGUGACAUCCCACCUGGAAUGGUAUCAGAACCGCUGGAGGAUCUUGACCCAUACUAUGCUAACCAGAAAACCUUUAUAGUAUUGAAUAGAGGGAAGGCAAUCUUCCGCUUCAGUGCCACGUCUGCCUUGUACAUCCUGACACCUUUCAACCCUAUACGUAAAGCAGCUAUAAAGAUUUUGGUGCACUCAUUAUUCAGCAUGUUCAUCAUGUGUACUAUUCUCACCAACUGUGUGUUCAUGACCUUAAGCAACCCCCCAGACUGGACCAAGAAUGUAGAAUACACAUUCACUGGGAUUUACACUUUAGAAUCACUGAUCAAAAUUCUUGCGAGGGGCUUCUGUUUAAAUAAAUUUACUUUUCUCCGUGAUCCCUGGAACUGGCUUGACUUUACCGUCAUCUUGUUGGCGUAUGUAACAGAAUUUGUAAGCCUAGGCAAUGUUUCAGCUCUUCGGACUUUCAGAGUAUUAAGAGCUUUGAAAACUAUUUCUGUAAUACCAGGUUUAAAAACCAUUGUGGGGGCCCUGAUCCAGUCGGUUAAGAAGCUUUCAGAUGUGGUCAUUCUCACGGUGUUUUGUCUGAGUGUGUUUGCACUAAUAGGACUACAGCUAUUCAUGGGACACCUAAGGAACAAGUGUGUGUACUUACCGAAUGGUUCUUUACCUGUUAAUAUGAGCUUGGAUGAAUAUGUCGAGAUGAAUGCAAGUGUUAUUUAUAAAGUCGAUGGUGAGAAGGAUCCUUUGCUUUGUGGUGAAAGCUCAGAUGCUGGUCAGUGCCCAGAGUCAUAUAAUUGUACGAAGGUUGGAAGAAACCCCGAUUAUGGAUAUACAAGCUUUGAUAGUUUCGGGUGGGCAUUUUUAUCCCUGUUUCGAUUGAUGACUCAGGACGCCUGGGAACAUCUGUAUAUGAAGACCAUACGUGCUUCUGGAAAAACCUACAUGAUCUUCUUUGUGUUGGUGAUAUUUCUGGGCUCUUUCUAUUUGGUGAAUCUAAUUCUAGCAGUGGUUGCUAUGGCCUAUGAGGAACAAAAUCAGGCAACUUUACAAGAAGCUCAGCAGAAAUGUGAGGAGUUUAAGAAAAUGAUGGAAACACUGAAAAAACAACAAGAGGACGCUCAGGCUGUAGCAGAAGCACCUUCAGACACAGAAGAAAGUGAAGAUGGUGAAGUGUAUGAUUUGUCUGAGAGCUCAUCCAUACUAACAAACAGAGAUGAAGACAGAAUGAACCCAGGAAUGGCCAAAGAAAUGCAGACACGGUCAAGUAUCCAUUUUAGCAGCGCGUUUAGCUUCAGAUAUCACGUCAAGGAUGGAGCAUCAGAGAAUGAUUUUGCUGAUGAUGAACAUAGCACUCUUGAAGAUAAUGACAGCAGGAGGGACAUUUCUCUGUCUGUGCCUGGGAGAAGAGAUCGGUUAAGUAGCAAUCUCAGCCAAACCAGUCCAUCGCUCAGGAAUGGUAAAAUGCAUAGUACUGUGGACUGUAACGGAGUUGUCUCAUUGGUCAGUGGUUCGUACCCACGGGCUGAACUUCAUCCAGAGGGCACUAUAACAGAAAGAGACAUAAAUAAAAGACGAAGAAGUUCGUAUAAAAUCUCAGUAGAUAUGACGGGCGAUCUAACCCCUAGACAAAGGGCUCAAAGCAUUGCUACUGUUUUGACAACUGCAAUGGAAGAACUUAAAGAUUCAAGACAGAAGAGGUGUUCUCCUCGCUGGUAUAAAUUUGCUAAAUUAUUUUUAAUCUGGGACUGCAGCGAUCUGUGGCUGAGGUUUAAAGACAUCGUGAAGCUCAUUGUGAUGGACCCAUUUUCAGACCUUGCUAUCACAAUCUGCAUUGUUCUGAAUACUGUUUUCAUGGCCAUGGAACAUGCCAACAUGGAUAAUAAUUUCAGGAAGGUUCUUUCUGAUGGGAAUCUGGUUUUCACCUCCAUUUUUACAUCCGAAAUGGUAUUGAAACUGAUUGCAUUGCAUCCAUACUAUUACUUCCAGAAGGGCUGGAAUAUAUUUGAUGCAUUUAUUGUGGGACUUAGCUUAGCAGAACUUGGAAUCGAAACAGGAGGAAGUUUCAGUAUUCUUCGAUCCUUUAGACUGCUUCGUGUCUUCAAGUUGGCAAAAUCAUGGCCUACCCUAAACAUGCUGAUCAAGAUCAUCGGGAACUCUAUUGGAGCUUUGGGAAACCUGACCUUGGUGUUGGCCAUCAUAGUGUUUAUCUUUGCUGUGGUUGGCAUGCAGCUGUUUGGCAAAAGCUACAAGGACUGUGUCUGUAAAAUCUCUGACGACUGUGAACUUCCUCGCUGGCACAUGAAUGACUUCUUCCACUCUUUCUUGAUUGUCUUCCGAGUGCUAUGUGGAGAAUGGAUCGAGACCAUGUGGGACUGUAUGGAGGUGGCAGGACAAUCUAUGUGCAUCUUGGUGUUCAUGUUGGUGAUGGUGAUUGGGAAUCUUGUGGUGCUAAACUUGUUCUUGGCCUUGCUUUUAAGCUCUUUUAGCUCUGAAAAUCUUUGUGCAAAUGAGAAAGACAUUGAGCUCAAUCACCUACAGAUUGCAUUUGACAGAAUCCGGAGAGCCUUGGUUUUUUCAAAAAAAUGUUUGCAAGAAUUUUUCCAAAAAUUGUUUCUGAGAACUAAAGAUGACGAUGACACAAAACAAACUGGAGAACAGACAAUUAAGUAUGAUAAUGGAAUUUACACCAACAUAAUAGUGGAGAACAUAAAAAAACGAGAUCCUGCUAUAGUUGUAGAUGCAACAAGUGGUACCAACAGUGUUAUUGAAAGGAUAGUUUGGGUGACUGAUAGCAACAAACAGUGCCUCAUCGAUCCAGUGCCUAUUGCUGUUGGAGAGUCAGACUUGGAGAAACAAAAUUCUGAAGACUCCGGGAGUGACUCCGACACCGAUGAAGAUAAGAGGAAGGACAAACCUUCUAUCUCCAGUUCCUCCGAAGGCAGCACGGUAGAGAUAAGACAACCAGGAAUGGAGCGAGAAGAUGAACUCUUUGGCUUUGACUCUGAAGAGGCUCUUGAACCGGAGUCAUGCUUUACAGAGGACUGCGUGAAGAGAUUUCCAUGCUGCCAAAUAAAUAUUGAGGAGGGAAGAGGAAAAAGCUGGUGGAAUCUCAGAAAAACCUGCUACCUUAUUGUCGAACACAGCUGGUUUGAAUCAUUUAUAAUCCUCAUGAUCCUACUUAGCAGCGGUGCCCUGGCGUUUGAGGAUAUUUACAUCGAAAAUCAUCAAACGAUCAAAACAGUGCUGGAAUAUGCUGACAAGCUCUUCACUUACAUCUUUUUCUUGGAAAUGCUUCUGAAAUGGUUGGCCUAUGGAUUUGCAACAUAUUUCACUAAUGCCUGGUGCUGCCUGGAUUUUGUGAUAGUAGACAUCUCCUUGGUUUGCCUUAUAGCCAGUAUGUUUAACGGAUCAGAUUUAGGUGCGAUUAAGUCACUAAGAACAUUAAGGGCUUUGAGACCCCUGAGGGCAUUAUCGCGCUUUGAAGGAAUGAGGGUGGUUGUGAAUGCCUUGAUCGGAGCGAUUCCUUCCAUCAUGAACGUGCUGCUGGUCUGCCUUAUAUUUUGGUUGAUUUUCAGCAUAAUGGGAGUCAACCUUUUUGCAGGAAAAUAUUAUCACUGUGUUAAUACGACGUCGGGUAAAGAUUUCCUUUACACUCAAGUUAAUAAUGAAUCAGAAUGUAAUCUAACAGCCAAGGAAAACAAGACUGCUCUAUGGCUGAACCUGAAAGUGAAUUUUGAUAAUGUUGGAGCAGGAUACCUUGCUUUACUUCAAGUGGCCACUUUUAAAGGAUGGAUGCCUAUUAUGUAUGCAGCAGUUGAUGCAAGAGAAAAAAAUGAGCAACCCAAAUAUGAGGCGCAACCUUACAUGUAUAUAUACUUCGUAAUCUUCAUAAUAUUCGGGUCCUUCUUCACCCUCAAUCUCUUCAUUGGUGUGAUUAUAGAUAACUUCAAUCAGCAGAAAAAGAAGAUAAGAGGUCAAGACAUCUUUAUGACUGAGGAACAGAAGAAGUAUUACAAUGCAAUGAAGAAGCUCGGAUCCAAGAAACCACAAAAGCCAAUCCCACGACCUAAGAAUGUUUUACAGGGAUUCGUAUUUGACAUUGUCACAAACCAAAUAUUUGACAUCAUCGUCAUGUGUCUCAUAUUCCUGAACAUGGUAACAAUGAUGAUCGAAACCGAAGGCCAGAGUCCACAAAUGGAGGAUAACUUGUAUUGGAUUAAUCUGGUCUUCGUUGUGCUCUUUACCUGCGAAUUCCUCCUCAAACUCUUUUCCCUGCGCCAUUAUUAUUUCACAAAUGGAUGGAAUAUAUUUGACUUGGUUGUGGUCAUACUCUCCAUUGUAGGUAUGUUUCUGCAAGACAUAAUAGAAAAACAUUUUUUUUCACCAACACUAUUCCGAGUCAUAAGACUUGCAAGGAUCGGAAGAAUUCUGCGUCUUAUUAGAGGAGCAAAGGGAAUCCGUACCCUGCUUUUUGCACUGAUGAUGUCACUUCCUGCAUUAUUCAAUAUUGGUCUUCUGCUCUUCUUAGUCAUGUUCAUUUACGCCAUCUUUGGAAUGUACAGUUUUGCCUAUGUGAAGAACGGGGGUGGCGUUGAUAACAUCUUUAACUUUGAAACAUUUGGCAACAGUAUGCUUUGUUUGUUCAUGAUCACAACAUCGGCAGGGUGGGAUCUUUUGCUGGAGCCAAAUCUUAAGACUGGAGAACCAGACUGUGACCCCAAUUAUCAACAUACAAGUGGUAACAAAGGUAACUGUGGAAACUCAUCAGUUGCCAUUUUAUUUUUUGUCAGCUACAUCAUCAUCUCAUUCCUCAUUGUAGUUAAUAUGUACAUUGCCGUCAUCUUGGAAAAUUUUAGUGUUGCCACUGAAGAAAGUGCAGAACCCUUAGGAGAAGAUGACUUUGACAUGUUCUAUGAGGUUUGGGAAAAGUUCGACCCAAAGGCUACACAGUUUAUUGAAUACGAUAAACUUUUUGAUUUUGCAGAUGCACUGGAACCACCUCUGCAACUACCAAAACCAAACCGAAUUCAACUCAUUGCGAUGGAUUUGCCCAUGGUAAAUGGAGACAGAAUCCACUGUCUUGACAUUCUUUUUGCUUUCACAAAACGUGUUUUGGGUGGAGAGGAAGGUAUGGACUCUCUUCGUAUAACAAUGGAGGAUCGGUUUAUGGCCUCCAACCCAUCUAAGACUCCUUACGAACCCAUUACAACUACCUUACGACGUAAACAAGAAGACGAAUCUGCUACUCUUAUACAGCGUUGCUACAGGCGUUACAGGAUAAGAAAAGCUGUGCGGGGUUCCACAGUGCCCAAAAAAAAUAAAACUAAACGUGCUAGUAUAAUGGCUAAAAGAGACCGAAGGUUUUCAAACUAUAUGGGAAAUUCCAACACUAUUGAAUCAGGCGUGUCCACCUCAACCAUGUCACCCCCUUCUUACGACAGUAUCGAAAGGACACAUGGAACAGACAAUGAAAAGGAAGAUGAUGAUGAAGAUAGAAAAAGUCAUGCAAAAUAA